AGGUAGGUUUUCGAAAAAUCUUCUUUCACUUUCGUAUUUUAAUUCGCAGAAAGUGGAAAACAAACUUUGAAACAAACAGGAACAUGAUCGUCCAUAUCGAUGCUGUGUAUCAGACGUGUGGGAAGGCCUUGUUGUGCUUUAGAUAAGAAAUGACACCAAUUGCAACAGAUUGGUAUCCUUAAUUCAUAUUCAGAAGAUGGAGCCUCGAAAGAGAUCCAAAAUUUUUGAGUCACCUGGAAGAGAGUCAAAGUCCAGGAAAUAUUCAGAUUCCAAAAAACGACGAUUGGAAAGUUCCUCUGAAGAAAGCGAUGAUGAGACAUAUAGAAGACAAGGGCAUCACCAUAAAAGUGUCAAAGUGAGAUAUAAAGCACUGAAGAGAAAUACCAUUCUAGAUGAACUACAGAGCAUCUUGCAUGAUUAUCCAGAUAAUGAACAAAUCAUCAAGGAACUCCUCCAAAAUGCAGAAGAUGCAGGAGCCUCUGUUAUCAAAAUUGCAUACCAUCCUGGUGGCGAUGUCUCUCACAUCAAGUCUCCAUACAAAGAAUACCUCUCUGGACCAGCACUGUGUUUUUAUAACAACUCUGUUUUUUCUGAAGAGGACUGGGAAGGGAUAACGAUGGUUCGUAAAAGCAUCAAGCAAACCAAUGCUCUGAAGGUCGGGAAGUUUGGAAUUGGAUUCAAAUCUGUUUUCCACAUGACAGAUUACUGCUGUGUCAUAAGUGGUGACACAAUUCUCUUUAUUGACCCUUUAUAUGCUGAAAAAGACACUGAAAAAGUGUGUCGAAUGAAUAGAAUUGAAGAGUAUUGUCAUCAAGAAAUUUGUGGAAAACGAGGGUUAACUCCUUUACAUGGUGUGUUUGGUAUUGACGAACAUAUCACGAGGUCCACAGGACAAUAUGAGGGAAGUUUAUUCUGGUUUCCACUUAGAAGAAAGGCAUCGAAACUGUCUGAAAACAUUUACAGUGAAACUAAGGUCGUGGAUAUUUUGAGAUCUUUUCAGAAAGAUUUGGAGUUGGAGUUGCUCUUUUUGAAGAAUAUUGAAAAAAUUGAGUUGUAUGAUUAUGACAAAAAGGAAAAAGCUUUUAAGAUCAAAAUGAAGGUUGAAAUAGAUGCGUCUUCCCUGCAGAAAGUUCGAUGUGAACGGAAAGCUUACAUAUCAAAAUUAAAUAAAAUUGAGGAGAGGUUAAAAAGUGGAAAUUCUUUGGAGAAAGAGACACCAAUCUGUAUGAAUGACACACUUUUUCUGCUCUUGACAACACCAGAAAAAAGUUAUAGAGAACAAUGGAUGAUUUUUCAUUAUUUUCACACAGGGAAUAUGGAUAGAGAUCUUGUUCGACUGAUUCAUAAUGCACACACAAAGAACAGACCAUAUGUAGGUAUUGCAGCAAGAAUUGACAGAGAAAUUUCUCAUGGAAAACUGUUUUGCUUCCUUCCACUUCCGACUGGUGGAGAGAGUCCGACAGGACUACCUGUUCAUGUCAAUGGUUUUUUUGCCUUAGAUAGCAAUCGGCAACACAUCAAAUGGCCAUCACAUGAUCAAAGUCAGAGUCAUGGACAUUUGGAGGAUGACAUGCUGUGGAACAAGAAAUUGAUAGAAGGAGUACUCCCUGUUGUGUAUGUCAAGUUUCUCAAAACAUUCCAGACAUAUUGUCAAAGUAAGCAGAACGCACGGCAAUUGUUGGAGCUAUUUUAUCACUAUAUACCCAUUAAGAACUCUACCAAUCAAGAAUGGGAAUGUGUUGUGGAUUCCAUUGAUAGCUUUCUUAUUAACGCAGAAGUUCCAUCUAUAGAGGAAGGACAAUGGGUGCCUACAAAAGAGGCAACAUUCAGCAUUUUUGAAAAGACUUCUAUUAAUUGCAAAAAAGCUGUCCUUGAGCUGUACAGAAAAUGUUUAAAACAAAAACUUGUUGAUUUGGGAAAACAUGAAGAGGUCUUUAGGGACCUAAUUGCAAAAGACAAGUCAAUUAAAUCAACUUCUCCAUGCACCACGCGUGAGUUGAUGAAGACAUAUGCAGAGUACAGGCAGUUUCCAGCUGCAUCAAAAACCCAAUUUCUCAUCUAUUGCUGCAGUGAUUACGAUCUUUCAGAUUUAUAUGAUCUGGAAUUAUUCGAGACUUAUGAUGGGUGUUUCCGAGCACUAGACAGCAUGAGAGAUUUAAAGAGUUGUAUGUUUCUUUGUGAACAGGACGAGGCACUCUUUCUCUGCGGAAAAGAGAAUCAACUGGUGAAGAUGAACUCCCAGAUACUAGAUAUAUUACAGGCCAUCAUUAAAACAGGAAAAUACAACAUACAAACACUGGACUGUAACACUUGUGUUAAAUUCUUGGGAGAAGUGUCAAUGUUGAAGCAGAACAAUAAAGUAAAUGAAAAAUGGGUAAAAGAUGUUUGGAGAUAUGUGGAAAAUAACUUCCAAACGUCCUUAGAAACCGUAAAACAUCUUUACAUUGUUCCCAUCAAAGGUUCAGCAACACCACUCAGAAAAAUCUCAGAUUGUCUCGUGAAUAUCAUUGGGAUUGGCAAUGAAGAAUUAUGGACAAAAAUAUUUGCCCUUUUCAAUAUUUUUGUGGUAAAGGACAAUCUUCUUCAACAUUCCUUAAUGAAGCCGGGAAAUAGUUAUGUUUGGUCUGCAGUAAAAGACAGACUAAAUGUCUUGGGAAAGCAAAUUCAAAUUCCAGGUGCUGUUAAAAUCUUCAAUUCUGGGAGCAGUUCUCAGAGCAAAGAAGAACUGAAGAAAUAUUUUGCUGAUAAUAAUGGCAAUCUGACUCCUUCUCUCCUGGAAUAUAUUAAGGAAUUAAAAAUAUUCAGGAGGCAUUCGAGUGUCAACGAAUUUGAUGGUUAUACAUCAAUUAAAGCCUGUAAAACCAUUUUUGUGGCGGACAAAGACUUCCCGGUACCUUUUACACAAAACAUGAUAGUGACAUUUUCAAAGAGAGAAUCAGAAUUAGUGUCUAAGCUCUCAAAUGUCAAAGAAGAUUUGUCCAAUCUUGUUUCAAAAGCAUUGAACAAGUUGACUCGUGAGCCGUCCUGGUUGCCUAUGAAAUUGAAACGACAACUAUGUUGUUACAUAUUGGAGAAGAAACAGAAGAUUACAAACUGGAAAAACAUUAUCAGUGUUAUGAAAUCUAUCAAAUGGAUAAGGAACAGAAAUAGAGAAUACACAGCUUGUGCAAAUUUGUAUGAUCCAACUGACAAAUUACUGGAGACUGUAUUUGAUAGCCAAAAAUUUCCAUGCGCUGAAGAUGUCAACCUCGUGCAUCAAAUUGGACAUCUAACCCGAAAGGAUGCUUGCUUCCUCAGAGACAUAGAGACAGUCUGUAAAAAGAUUCAUGAAAUGCAAGGAAAAUCAGAGGAGAGGGAAUUCAUGGCCAAGUCAAAUGCACUUUUAAAGAUUAUGGAGGGGAAUUAUGAGAUGGUUUAUCAUAUGUCGGGGUACAAAAUUUGGCCCUAUGAGAAAAAGAAAGUUCAAUGGUAUCCAAAUUCCUUGUCAUGGUUCAAAACUGUAGGCUUGGUCGAACUAAACUUACUACAAUCAAGAAAGUCAGCUAAUCUGAUAGGUUCUGUAAUGCCAGUCGCUACUCGGGAAUGCAACAUGUUACUGAAUUCUCUGAAGCACGCAUCUCCCAUUGAUAAAAAAGUUCUGGAACAUUUCCGAAAUGUGGUAAGAAGUUACAUAAGAAGUGAACAUUUACAGUACAUGACAAUAAUGGAUUCCAUUUACCAACAUUUUGAACAAAGUGGAUGUUUAGAUGUAGCAAAGUGUGAAGAAUUCAUUUUGACAGAAUAUGGGUUCAAAGACGUCAGUUCAAUAUAUAUUGAAAGAGAAAUAAAAAGAGAUAUUGAUACAACUCCAUAUCUAUUACCCCUGCCGGUGGAAUUGCAUAAAUUCAAGAAGUUUUUUGAAGAAUGUCAGUGUUAUCCAUCACAAACACCAGAGAGUUUGCUAGAAGUUUUAAGAAAACUGAAUGAAAAACACAGAGGGAACUUCGAUGUUGAUGAAGUGAAAACGGACCUUUAUCUGAUAGUAAAGAUUUUGAAAUCUCUAUCCAGACUAAAACAGAUCUCAGAUGAGAAACCGUUAAAUAUCCCAGUGCAAUCCCAUGAUCAAAGACGUAUUAUUUUCAAGCCUGCCAAUGAUUGCGUGUAUGCAGAUACAGAUUGGUUUAGUUCAAAGUUUGCAGAAGAAGAAAAUUUGAAUUUUGUUCAUCCAGAAAUACGUAAAGAUGUAGCAAGAAAAUUAGGUGUACGGUCAUUGAAAGAGUACACCCUUGCUGAUGCUGAAGAAAUGUUUGAGGAAUUUGGCCAAUCAGAAAAAUUGACACUGAGAUUGAAAUCUCUUCUCGAGGGAUAUAAAGACGGAUUGUCCGUUCCAAAAGAGUUAAUUCAAAAUGCCGACGACGCAGGCGCAAAAGUAGUUAAGUUCCUUUAUGAUGAACGAGAAAAUAACCAAGCAAGAUCCUCACUAAUCGAUCCAAAUAUGAAAUCUCUUCAAGGACCUGCCUUAUGGGCGUACAAUGAUGCAGAAUUUACUGAUGAAGACUUCAAGAAUAUUCAGAAAUUGAGCGCUGCAACAAAGAAGGAAGACUCUACAAAAAUAGGCACGUUUGGUGUUGGAUUUAAUGCAGUCUACAACCUGACAGACGUUCCAAGUUUCGUGAGUGGAGGAAGUUUGGUUUAUCUUGACCCGCAUGAAGUGUAUCUUGGUGAAGCCUUGAAAAGUAACAGAAGAAGUCCUGGAAUCAAAUUGCAACUUAGAAACAAGAUUAUGAUGGAAAAAAUGAGAGAUCAAUUCCUUCCUUAUGAAAAUGUUUUUGGUUUUCGAAGAUCAUCUUUUCUACAGGGUGGGACUUACCAUGGCACAUUGUUUAGGUUGCCUCUCCGCACAAGAUCACAGGCUAUGAAAAGUGAAAUAUGCCAAAAAGAAUAUUCCAUUUACGAAAUGGAGAAACUUAUUGGUUUAAUCAAAAAGGUUGCUGGUAAUUUGUUACUUUUUACUCAAAAUGUACAAGAAUUACAUUUUUAUCGUUUGAAAAAUACUUUAAGUUCACCUGCAAAACAUAUAAAGCGUAUAUUAAUCGUGAAAAAAACGACGCAAGUGCCAAUGGAGAGAACAAUUCUACAACAGGUUACUCAGCAACUCAAACUUACCAACCUCCUCAACCCUUACCAGUACCUCCAGCAUCAGGAAAUAUAUGUGGAGAAUGCACCAUCAGUUUCACAGUCAGUUAAUUGGUUAUUGUCAUGGUCUGGUGGUGAUGGAGAAUCCCUUGGCCUCUGGAAAAAUAGGAAAAGUGAUGGUGCUUUACCACUGGCAUGUGUAGCUGUUCCCAUGACAGGAAAUGAGACAAAUUCUCUAUGCAAAGAUUUGUCGUGUCUGCCUGAAGGGUUUUACCAUAUUGGCAAUUUGUUUUGCUUUCUCCCUAUGCCAGUAGUAACAGGUCUACCGUUUCAUAUAAAUGGUAACUUCUCAAUUUCAACUGACCGUCAGCAUGUUCUUGUCACUUCGUCAGAUGAAAAGGAGGACUCCAAGCAUGUAAUAUGGAACAAAUGCCUCAUCAAGGACGCUGUUUUAAAUGCUCUUCUUGCAUUAUUACUGCGCCUAUGUCAAACGCUUAAUGUUGAUCAGAUGCAUACAUAUUACUCACUUUGGCCCAAGCAUGUGAAUGACAUCUGGAAACUACUAGGAGAGGAAUUCUAUAGAAAAAUUACAGAAGAUACUUCACUGAAGGUAUUUUUUACUUCUAAUGGUUGGAAGGUUUUCCAUCAAUGUACAUUUCUGCAUCCAAAUCUGCAGAGGGAUAAACAUUUGAAAGAAAUAGCACUUACAGUGAUUUCUAAGUUUGAGGAAAAGUCUUCAUUUAUCUGUGAUCUUCCAUGUGAAUUGUUUGAAAACAUUAAGACCUUUUGUAAAGAAAAACAGAUAGUUACCUGUCAAAUAUUUGCAUGUGAAUACUUUUUGCGCAACAUCGGGAGCAUUGAGUGCCGAAACUAUGAUUAUGCAUUGAAAUGUAUUCUUCUGUGGGAAGAUGAUAGUAUCAAAACAUCUUUAGUGAAAACUCCUUGUAUUCCAACUCGGCCAAAUGGCAAAAAAAGAUUUCCAGAGAAUUUGGUAGACCCUGAUAAAUCUGUUUCAAAAUUGUUUUCAGAAAUUGAUGAGGUUUUUCCAAAAGAUGCUUAUCUAGAAAAUAAAAAGACAAGAAAAAACCUGAUGAAACUAGGAAUGAUGACGGACACAGUCUCAGUGAACACCUUGCUUGAGCAAACUAAGGGGGUGCAGAAUCUGGUCGGAAAAUGCCAAAAAUGUGCAUAUGAUCGGAUUGAACACAUAUUACGAUUUUGCGAAUCCAUAAACCUUUCGGAAACGCAUAAAGAAUUAUGGCAUAACAUUCCUUUCUUACCUGCAGAGCAAAAACCCGACGAUUGGCACUAUUCGUGGUAUUUGAGCAAAAAACUAAAUUAUCAAGAUGACAAAAAGCUUUGCAGAAUGCAUAAGUCCUGUACAAGGCCCUUAACGAUGUUCUUCCGUCCAUGUGAUUUAUUUUUCUCAGCGGAGCAAAAUUUGGUUUCUUCAAACCAUCUUAUUUUAGGCUUAUCAGUUAGGCAACAAGAUGAACACUACAAUUUGCUGAAAAGCUUUGGUGUGAAAAACUUUGGAAAAGUUACGAUGGGAAUGUUAUCAUCCCAACUUUUAGAUAUCAUGCAACAUGAAAAUGUACACGAAAAUAGAAUUGAAUUAUGUAGAACAUUGUAUAGUGCAUUUGACUGCAAGCUGGAAGGGAGGAGUAAUAAAAAGCACACGGAUUUAGCACAUUUGUCAGGGAAAACGUGCAUUUUUAUCGGAGACAAGUUUGUGCGUCCAAGUGAUGUAGUUUUUUCGCUGAAAUUUGACUGCGAACCUUUCUUGUUUCACUUAAAAGGGAAAGAUCUUGGAAGAUACAAAUACUUUCUGAAGGCAGUAGGUGUGCGACAAAACUUUACGGAAGAUAAACUAAUUACUGUUUUGAGAGAAGUUCAAAAGAAGAAUGGGGAAGACGGGCUUUCCAGGGAUUCCCUUCAUGCUGUGUGUCAAAUUGCAAUGCUUCUAGAGUCAAUAUCAAAUGACACUAUUUCAUAUCAGUUACGAGAUCAACUGUUUCUUCCAGAUCACAGAGGGAUAAUGCGUAAAGCCUGUGAUUUGUGUCAAAACGACUUUGACUGGAUAUCAGAAAGCCCAAACAUGACAUUUUUACACCCCGGCAUUACAAAAUCAGUUGCAGGAUUUGCAAGAAUUAAAUCUAAAAGAGAGCAAGAUUUGUGGGCAUCCUCAUCUGAAAUUGGAUUUGACUUUGGACAGAGUGAGGAUUUAAAGAGCAGAAUAAAGUCACUUCUAGAAGGCUAUCCAGAAAUAAGUAUUCUGAAAGAAUUGUUGCAAAAUGCAGAUGAUGCAGGUUCUACUGAAUUGCAUUUCAUCUUGGAUUCUAGACAACAUAAAACAGGUAAAUUAUUCAGUGAAUCAUGGGCAGAAUUACAGGGACCAGCUUUAUGUGUAUUCAAUGAUGGUGUGUUUACAGAAAAAGACAUCCAGGGCAUCCAGAAUCUUGGGAUAGGAAGCAAAACGAGGGACUCAACCAAAACCGGACGUUAUGGAGUAGGGUUCAAUGCGGUGUAUCAUUUAACAGAUGUUCCUUGUUUUCUGACAAGAACGGGCGAUGAAAACAUCCUGUGUGUUCUUGAUCCGCAUUGCAAAUAUAUACCACAUGCAACAAUACAAAAACCGGGACGAAUGUUUAAAGAUGCUUUCAAUGAUCUGCACAAAAAUUACCCAGAUGUUUUAUCGUGCUUUCUUACCAAUGAAAGAAUUUGGGAGAAAGGAAAAGGAACGCUUUUUAGAUUUCCUCUGCGAAGAUGUGACUCGGAAAUAUCGAAGAGAUGUAGCCCAAAAGACAUUGAAGAAAUGUUACAGACAUUCAAAGCUGAAAUGGGAGAAAGUAUGUUGUUUCUUGACAAUGUUAGAAAAAUUCAAAUCUCAAAAAUAGAAAAACAUGGCAAAGUGAAAUCAGAAUUCUUUGUUGAGGUUAAAAAAUCCACAGAUAAUGAUACUGAUCCACCAAAUGCUAAAAAACGGCUUGCCAAAAAUCCUUUGGAUUUUGAAUCAAAUUUAAGUUACAACUUAGAAUUGAAAUACAACGGAGCAUACUCAGAAAAAUGGUUAAUUGUGCAGCAAUAUGGUUUUCAAAGUGGUAACAAUGCUAUUGGAAAACUAUCAAGCAAACUAGGUCUACUUCCAGUUGUAGGUGUAGCAAUUCUGAGAUCGCAGUCUUAUCGUGCCUUCUCUUAUAAAGCAUUUUGCACACUUCCUUUACCUGUGGAAACUGGGAUACCAAUGCACGUGCAUGGCCAAUUUGCUUUACAACAUGACACGCGUACAAACAUAUUUUGGCCUGACUUACACUCAGACUGGGAUGAAAGACAUCGAUGGAAUAAAUGUUUGAUUGAAUGCGUUGCGGUCCCAGUAUAUGCAAAGACACUUGAAAUCUUGAAAGAUGAGAUUUGCAAAUACGGAAACUACGAAACAAAUCGAAUGGGCUGUUUUCAUCGACUGUUUCCUGACAUCCCCCAAAUGAAAGAAAUAUUUUGUUAUUUAGCCUCGUGCUUUUACAAACACGCUGCAUCUAGUAACUUGGAGAUUUUUCCAGUUAUUCAAAAUACGGAAAAGAAUUCGACUUGCAGAUGGGUAGCCAUCCAAUCAGAUGUUUACUUUGACGAUCUAGAUGAACACUUCAAACAUAUUUUUCCCCCAGAAAAUGACACUGACUGGAAAUUUCAGGAGGAAGCGGCCAAAUUUGCAAACUUGCUUCGAAAUGUUGGCAUAAAAUUGUUGAACUCGCCAUUAUGGAUACACAGCAGUAUGGAGAUGGCAGAAAUUUCCGUGAAAAAAAUAAGUCCACGAUCUGUUUUGAUUUUUUUUCAAAAUUUCGAAGAUGUGGAUUGCGAAUCUGGAAGAUAUCAUUUGCAAAUUGAUGUUGAUAUCUACAAAACAUUGUUAAAAAGUGUACAGAAUGUCAUUAAAACACUUGAGUUUUGUCUGCAUGACAAGUCUUUGAAAAGUGACGAAUUCAAGAGUGUGCCUUUACUUGUAACAGCAGAUGGAUACCUUAGGAAAUUUACAACAAGGAAAAUGAUUUACCUUACGCGUUUAAGCGAUUACAUUAGCAUAUUCCCGCGGUCUCAACACCAGCUUUUGCACCCUGCUCUUAAAACUAUUGUUUGGGAUCAUCGUAGUAUGUUUGAACCUUUCAUCAAAUAUAUUCAUUUAGAUGUACUAGCUGAACUUUUAAAAGAAAAUUUUUCAUCUGAAAUGCAAGGAUGCAAAACAACUGUACAUGAGGUUGAUUUUCCAUCACAGAGAUGGUUGCAAUUGUUUUGGUGUUUUGUUGGAAAGUUGUACAAGGAAUUUAGAUAUCAGGAAAAGGGGGAUAUCAAAACUUUUGUGGAUGAGAUGAAGCUUCAUAUCGAAGAAUGGGCACUGGUGCCUGUCAUGAGCCCAAACCAACUAGAAUCUAAAGUACUGUACCCAAUACAAGAUGGAAAGACGAUAUUCAAACUAAUUCAUGAAGUCCAGUCAGAUGUAGAUAAUGAUGCUGGUAAAGUGACUCAGGCAAUGAAAAGAAUGUGUCUCCCUUAUCUGGAUAUGACCGAAAUUACAAUCCCCACAAAAAAGACGGAUCAUAAAAUGAAGAAUAGGAAAUGGAAGUUUGAAGAUGCCUCGUUAGUUCUGAGUCAUUUGGUUGCUACUGCUGACAAUGCACACGAUAUUCUGCAGUGUAUUGUGUCAAAUAUUCAUCAGUUAAGAAAUAGAUCAGAAAGUGAAAUUCUAAUGGAAUAUUUUGAAAGCAACCUUUCCAUAUUAAAGUGUCAUCAAGAUACGAAAAAACAUUUCAAAGUUUUACCAUUUUACGAAAAUGUCUUGGGUGAUUAUCAAACACUUGAUGCAAAUCUGAACACUGUUGUUGCGCUUCCAAGCGGAAUCCCUGAAGAUGGACUGGACAAACUUGGUUCAGUGUGUGGAAUACAAUUUUUAAAGCACAAGAGUUAUACUGAAGUCUACAGAUUUGCUGGAUGUAGAAUCGUUGAUGUCGUAGAACUGUACAAGGACUAUAUUCUUCCAAAUUUUAAUCAUUUGCCGGAUAGGGAUAUUUUCAUACAUAUAGUAAAGCUAAAAGAUGAUGUUCAACUAACUCCAGGAAUUAUCGAUCUAUUGAAGCAAACAGCUUUUCUGGUGAAAAAUGAAUGCAGACAACGUGCAUGUCAGUUUUAUAACCCACAAAUAGACUUAUAUUCUUCACUUUGUCAAGAAAAUGACAUUUUACCAGCACCAUUUUCCGAGGAGAAAUGGAUUCCUUUUUUGAUACUGUGUGGUUUGAAGAAUGAAGUUACAAAAGAAAUAUUUCUUGAAUUUGCAUCGCGUGUCGAGGAAAAAGAAAAAACAUGCGGUAUGUGCACAACUGUCGAAAGGUGCUCUACAAUUUUAAUUGAAAUCUUGAAGAGUGAGAGGAUGUUUAACAUGUGUCAGCAGUUCAUGAAUAGAAUUAAAGACAUUCAUUUUAUCCUGCCUCAUAGAGUGGAUGACAGGUUGAGGAUGAUACACCAUCAAUUUGCCGACAAUCAGUUAUUGAACUUUGCAGACUCAGAACUUGUGAAGAAUGAGGAAUUAGUGUGGACAAAUUGUGGGAUUCUAAAUAAAACAGCGUGUAGUGUUGUUGAUGAUCAAGGUGUAUGGCAAAUCUUUGGACAUGACGAAAAACCGCCUGAGGGAAAAGUAGUUCAACAUAUCAAACUCUUAUGUUCCAAUCUUACAACAGAUCAAACCGUAAAGUUGGAUGAAAAUCAAGAAAUUGACCAUAAGUUGCGUUCUGUCUUUCAAACAAUUUAUUCAUACUUGGAAAGUUCAAGUAAUGGCAUAAUAGAGUUGCUCAGAGACACUUCAUUCAUACAUAUCAUUGAGAGAAAAGCAUUUGCUACACCAAAUAAAGUGGUUAUAAACAUGGAAGACAAUUAUGAGAUCCCUCCAUAUCUCUAUAAAGCUUCGACAUAUUUUGGACAGUUUCACUCGGUUUUUCAAAAAUUUGGAUCUGCAGAAAAACUGUACAGCAAUCAUUGUGCAGAUGUUCUGGGAGCAAUUUUUAAGGAAACAGAAGGUGAUAUCACUGACCCAAAUGAAAGGAAAAACACGAUCAAAGCUGUUGAGAUUCUUUUUGAGAAACUGAAGCAGGAGGCUUCUGAUGUCCAGUUGAAGUCACAAAUUUAUUUUCCAAGCCGCGAGCAUAAACUUAUGCCCAGCACAGAUCUUGUUGUUGUUGAUGAUCGAGUUUUAGAAAAACGAGUUAAUAAAGGGAAGCCUGAAUUGAACUAUUUCAUUGGAUUCAAUGAAUUGAAAAUGGAAAGUGUGCGUGAUCCAGUGAAAACAAUUUGCCUCAUUCCUGUUGAAUACAGGCCCAAAUUAUUAACAAAAAUUGUAACAGAGGAAAUAUCAGUGGAAUGCAAAAGUCAGAAAUGUAGAGGUGAUAAGGCGAAAUAUUUGCAAAACUUUUUGUGCUGUGAAGAAUUUGUUAGAGCUGCUAUUCGCUUGGUGCGACAUGAACGAUAUAAAGAAGACAAAACAUGUGGAGCUGAGGAGGAAAAUCACAUCAGAGAAGCAUUAUCAAAGUUGAGAAUCUUUGAGGUGGACAAUUUAACAACCGUAUUGAAAUUGAAUUCGGAAAUAAUAAAAAACACAGAAAUGAAGCGGAUUCUUUCCUAUGUUAGUGAUGAGGAGAACCCAGACAUGCUAUACAUUUAUCUGAAUUCGGAGAAGCGAUUAGAAAAUACCAAGUGGAUUGAGUCCAUUGCAGAUGAGCUGACUCGUGUCAUUAAUAUUGUAUUGAAAAGUGAAUUGAAUGAAAGUUGUUUACAUCUUGCUCACAUCCUUCGUUUCAUCGAAAAUCCGACAUCCAUUGAAUCAUACCUAGAUAGCAAGCAAAUAAUUUCAGUUGAAGACACAUUUCCAAAUAGUGUACCUUUUAUUCCAGAAUUGGGAUCAGAAAUUCCAGUCAGUUUACAUCACUUACUGCAGAAUUCAUUUGAAUCACUGGAAAGAAAUGAGUAUGUUGGAUAUGAACAGUUUGAUCUAUUGGUUGACGGUGACUCUGAUCCAGAAAAUUCCAUUCCAGUUUUUUUGUUUGCACAAGUGGAAGUUGACGAAACAAAGGAAACAAAAAAUGUGUGGAAUAAAAGGUUUAAAAUCAAUAUUGGCUCAGAAAAUCCGGUUACUGUCAGUGCAACCCGAAUAUAUAAGUUUGUCAGAAAGCCCAAGAGAAGUGAACGUCUCGAAAUUGUAGUUUAUGCUCAAAGUACAUCUAAUGAAUGCAGCCAUCCACCCAGGAGUGAAAGAGGAAGAAAUCUAAAAGAAGAGAAGGGACUUAUUAAAAAUAUUAUGAAAGAUUCUGUCGAUAAACCUCAUAAUGAGCAGAAGAGAAUAUGGAAGCGACUACUCCUACAAUACCACCCAGACAAACAUAUGGAAAACAAAGAAUUUUACACGAAACUUACGCAGUACAUCAAUAGUUUAAUUCAAAGAAUUAAUGACGGUCGUACAUUGAACUACGACAGUGAUGACGAUGUUGAUGGAGGAUCUGGAUUUAGGAGACCUCAUAAACACUAUCAUCCGUUCCGUCCCCCACCAAGACACGGAUUUAACUUCUCGUCGUUUUAUGAACAUUGCUUCAAUCGUGGAAAAUCGUAUGCUGAAGAGGAGAGUUCCUACACACCUCCACCAGAAGACCAAGGAUAUUUUCGAGAAUUUCGAAGACGUGGUACCCAACCUGGUCAAGCUGAUAGGUGGUAUCGCCAGGCGAAAUACGACCUCGCAGCUACACAGUGUUGUGAAGGCCUUGAUAAUGCUCACAAUUGGAUAUGCUUUAAAUGCCACCAGGCUGUUGAGAAAGCAUUAAAGGCUCUACUAUACCAGAAGGAUGCAGAUUUAGUCAUGCGUACGCACAAUCUGUUGAUGUUGGCAUCAAGGUUCGGCAAUAGUGUGCUUACAUCUCUUGUACAGAAAUUUGAGGAAAUAACGGGAUCCUAUGAAGCCAUGAGAUACCCAGAUGUGACACAGGGGUCAAUUCCAUCAGACAUCUACACAAAAGAACAAGCCUCUAGAGCUUAUACAAUUGCAGAAGAAGUUUUAGUGUUUGUCAAAGAAGAACUUGAAACGUUAAGACGUUCUAGUUGAGAAGCAAUAAAAGUGAAUCAAAAUUACAGCAUAUUGAUGGACAUAAAAAUGUGUUAAUAUUACUGUAUAUUACUGUAAUGUCACAAAAUCUUAUUACUUUAAACUUAAUUGCGUUGCAUAUAUAUAUAGAUUGUUUUAAAGCUAUUUGUUUAUAUUCUCAUUUACUCAUAAAUUCUCAAUCAAUACCCUCAUAAGUCCCCAAUAUAUGGCUGAUAAAUUGCAAAAUGGGCAUAAAAACGACAUACAAUCAUUUAUCAUUAUAAUAUGUCAUCAAUGUGGCUGUUUGAGAAAAAUCUGUUUAAAAGGAAUUUUGAAUGGUGUUUAUUUUAAUUUAUGUACUUUUUUUCCCCAAUACUGUAAAUAUUUAUACAUUGUACAUAUGAGUUCAGGAAUAUCAUUUUAUGCCCCCGUAAUCGGAGAGUCAGGGGCACAUAGGUUUUGGUAUGUUUGUCCACAAAUGUUUUUAAACCUUGGCCGUAACUUUUGAAGGUUAGUGAUAGGACUUUCAUAUUUCAUAUGUGUAUUCCUUGAACAAGACCUUUCUUUUGGUACCAGAAUUGCUUUGAUGUCAUACUGAGGCCUCAGUGUUUCACAAACACAUCUUGAUUUUUAGAAAUAGAUGUGAGUGAUGAAAGUGGCAUAGUUUACAUGGUGAUAUUUGUAUUUCAAAUACACUUUAAAUGUGGACUUGAUAUUGCAAAGUUUUUUCCCUGUACAUAUGUAAGCUAUGUGUUUAAUUCAUACAUGUACUACUGUUUUUGAUUUAUACACGUACUGUUUUUCAAAUUCAUACAUGUACUAUGCUUACGUAGGCUUGCCGAGUAAAAUGUGAAGGAAUGGUUUAUUGAUUUUUCUACUCCAUACAUGGGAAUCAUGAACAAAUGGAGACAGCUAACAGGAGAUUGUCUCUUUUUGGAUGUCACAAACAUCCCACUCCUUAAAAUUUUGGAUUCGGUGACCAGGCCUGGAGGUUAUAAAACUGUUUUGAGCACGUUUUCGUACUCGAACUCCAACUUGCUUUAAAUCGUACUCAUAUUCAAAAGUGAAGGUCAUAAAACUUCUAUAAAAUCAUUUUUACACUCAAAUGGAGUACACGAUUAAGAUUUUUUGAGUAUGUUUCGAAGCUUGUUCAGACUUGUACUCAAAACAAAUAUGGAUGAGUAUGAGUGUGGUAAAAGUUUUAUAACCUCCAAUUUUCUCCUUUAGAUUUUAUGAUAUAUUCUGAAACCGUUUUGAAUAAAUCUUUUUGUUAGCAACAUAUACAUGUAGUUUACAAAAAUGUAUUUGAUUUAGGGCACCAGUAUAAUACAGCGUAGUGUCAUAAAUGAGUCAACGUUCAUGCUUUUUGUUAUAUAUUUCAUUGAAGCAAUGCCUUUUGUUGUUAAACUCGUUAUGAAGUAAUUUUUUGUGUAAUCAUUAUGGAAUCAAAGCAUUGAACCCCAUCUUAACUCUCGUUGAGAAUAAACAUGUUUUAAAUCUCUGUGAAAAUGUUUUUUAAUGUAUAUAUAUAUAUAGUUACAAACUGUAGUUUGUUAUAGAAAUAGAAGCACUACUCAACAUUUAUAAUGCAGUGAUUAUGCUAAAAAAUAAUGUUUCAUGCAUGAUUUAUAUGUGUAUACUUACAUGUCGACCGGUCGACAGGGGAUGCUUACUCCUCCUAGGCACCUGAUUCCACCUCUGGUGUGUCCAGGGGUCCGUGUUUGCCCAACUAUCUACUUUGUAUUGCUUGUAGGAGUUAUGAGAUUGAUCACUGUUCGUUAUCGUCACCUUUUAUAUAAUCAUUUAGAAUAGACUUUGUGUGAUCAAUGUUGCAAUUGCCUAAAAUAAAAAUUCCAUAUAGAGUUUGAAAACCGAUCACAUUCAUGUACAUAAAGACAUGUCAAGAAAUUGUAGUGGGAAAAAAAAUUGUCAAAAUUUGUUGAGUGCUCGAGUUUUUUGGCAUUGGCAUAACACAGAUUUGUUCAAUUUAAGAAAGUAAGAAUUGUCAAUAUUGCGUCAUGAAUGCCAUAGCAGAAAGUGCCUCUAGGUAAUAUAUUUCUCCGUAUGUAAUCCGUUGGUUGUAUUUUGUUUUUAAAAAGACACUGAUAAAUGAUGUACUUAUGAUAUAUGAUGUACUUAUGAUAUAUGAUGUGCUUAUGAUAUAUGAUGUAGUUAUGAUAUAUGAUGUGCUUAUGAUAUAUGCUACACUUAAGAUAUAUGAUGUACUUGUGAUAUGUGAUGUAGUUAUGAUAUAUGAUGUACUUAUGAUAUAUGAUGUACUUAUGAUAUACAUGUAUGAUAUACUUAUGAUAUAUGCUGCACUUAUGAUAUAUGCUGCACUUAUGAUAUAUGAUGUAGUUAUGAUAUAUGAUGCACUUAUGAUAUAUGAUGUACUUAUGAUAUAUGAUGUAGUUAUGAUAUAUGCUGCACUUAAGAUAUAUGAUGUAGUUAUGAUAUAUGAUGUGCUUAUGAUAUAUGCUGCACUUAUGAUAUAUGAUGUAGUUAUGAUAUAUGAUGUGCAGUGCGAAAUGUAUAUCAGAUGUUACAAAGUAAAACGGGAUGUGUUGUGUAGAUUCUGCUACAGUAAUAUUUUUUAAGAAAUAGUGUUAGCGCUUCAUGAAAAGUAUACCGGCGUGAAGCCUUGUAGUUUAUGCCCUCAUGUAUUUUUAAAAAUGAAAAUUAUAUACUAUAUUCUUUCAUUUCUGUCCCAAUUCCCAGCCAUUAGAAUAGACGCACUAUGUAAUACUUGAUAUUCAUGUGCUCAUUGUUCACAACUACAUCAUAUUUAUGAGGAAAUGGCUAUCCUUACAAUUGGUAGCAACAGCGUUUGAUUUGUAAAUAUCAUGAGUUAGGUGCAUUGAUACGAUCUUCCUAUUAAGGAUGCACCACCAGAAAUGCAGAAAUGCAAAUACUGUAUAUUCGUGUUAGACAUAAAGUCUGAAGAUUGUUUUUGGAUAUGCACUCGAGGAUGAUUUAUUUUUCUUUUUUCUUUAAAGGUUAGAAAUUAUCAUUCCACAUUAACGUAUUGUCGUUAGACUUGUAUUAAGGAGCAGAAGUAAAUUCCUUUAAUCAUUACCCGAGGGUUUAAAAACCCCAAUUUUCAAUGAAACAUAUUUGCAUACAUGUAUUUGUAUUGUUUUUAUUUUCUAAUGAUAAAAUUACAUUGUUAUGUUUAUACAACAAACACUUUUUGCUUCAAUAAAUAACAGAUAAUUUAA